AUGAGCUCCAAAAGUCAGGACGCAUCAGCGGAGCUCCUUAGCGAGCUGCGUGCGCUCAUUACGAGCGGCGGGUCGAUGGGUACCCUCGACGAACAAAAAGUUAGGUCGGUCGUGGAGCAGAUAAACGAGUCUUACGAAUGCAUUCAAUCCAUCGUGACAAACCCGUAUGCUGAUCUGACGCAGCCUUACUACGUGAGCUCAACGAAUUACUACCGCUCCAAAUGUCUGCGAGACAAGCGCUGCCUCCUCACAUACCUCUUGUGGAGACAAGAGCAAGUUGCUAAGGCGUGGUGGGGCGUACGAGACAACUUGCUGGAGGGCACCCUGUCCGCAGCGGAGGCCAAGUACUUGUCCGACUACCAAGGCACCAUGGUGGAGUACAUGACGUCCUUCGACGUCCCACUAGACCUGCGCGCAUACUUGUGGAGGCCUCCGUCAGUGAGACAGCUCGAGGUCCGCGGCCGCUACCAAUACGAGUUUAGGUCUUCUGUUAGCGGCAAGACCAUUAUCAUCAACGCCGGUGAUCAGAUUUUCCUUAGCUUCGAGGAGGCUGAACCUCUCAUUCAGCAGGGCAUCGUCGAACUGGUGGGGCACUGA